CAACGAGUUCGUGUCUUUUCUGACCAACCGUGGACCGUCGAUUUCGAUUGGACUCGUGCGCGAGCCAUGAGUCCAGCCAUGUCCCUCCUUGCGCCGUCCUGGGCGCCGCAUGGCGCGGCCAGGAGUCACACCGUAGGCUUCGACCGGCCGCCCACUGCGCGGCCUUCUGCGCGAGGCAGACACGAGGCCCCACUUUGCUCAGCGCUCGUCGCCACGGCCAGCCUCGCCGUCGCAGCGACGAACCGCGUCGCGGCGCGUGGGGCACGCGGUGCCGCGCGCGGUUCCGCGCGCUGCGCGCUGCGCGCGUCGCCCAUGCAGAAAACGCUGAACAGCCUGGGUGCAGGCAUGAGUGAGGAAAGGAGGCUGGCGCAGGGCAUGCGAGAAGAGAUGGUACAGGCCACCAUCGAGGCCUCCACCCCAGUGCCUAUCAGCUUUGAGCAAGCAGUGACCUGGGCCUGCUCCGCCGCCCUCCGGGCGAACGAGGAAGGUCAAAACCGCCAAUCGAUGUACUUCAAUACUGGCGCAGAGGACAGCCAAGUGACAGGUGAGUUGGGCGGCGUCCUUCAGUUUGCCGAACAGGUGGCCAAGACCUUCGCUUUGUCCAACAAGCUCCCGGAGGGCACCGGCGUUCGGGUGCUCUUCACCGACUUCGGCGCUAAGAGCUUGGUCGCCACGCGAUGGAACCCGCUCCCCGAGAACCUGAUCCUGGAUCACUUGCCGCCGGUGCUCCCCAAGCGUGAGCUGCGCAUGGAGGAGCGAACGAAGCUCAGCGAGAUGUGCGAGUCCUCUGUGAUGCUCGUGGUGGCACCCAACCAAUCCGAGAUGGCAGCGGUUCUGGGGAUUUUUGAUGUGAUGAAAGACCUCGGGAAGAAAGUGCCCGUGAUCUUGCUGAAUGCCAAGUUGGUCCAGGACACUGUGGCCUUAGCAGGUGUGAUGCUGAAUAAGUUUCGCGCCUUUGAGAGCACCUUGCUGCCAGUCUUCCACUUGGAGCAAUUUGACCCCGACGACGACAAGGACCCGAUCCCUCUCAACAGCGCAGUGGUCGUGAGAGUUUGGCCUCGGCCCUUCUCGGUGUGGGAGGACAAUCCAGAGGAUCCGGAGGCCAUCGAUGGGUAUUUCCUGCUGGAUGUGAACGACACCAGAGCGCAGGACCCGGAGGACUGCCUCACCUUCCUGAAAGGCUCGCGUGAGUUGAUGAAACGGAUGCGGCUUAAGGAACGCCAGGACCGCGAGAAGGGUGGAAAGAUGAUUUGAUCAGUUGAGAUGGUGA